GAUAAUGGCGUCGAAGCGGAAACGUGUAGUGUUGAGUAUAAAAACAAAACACGAGAUAAUUCAAAAGUUAGAAAACGGCGAGAGUGCCGCAAAAUUAGCAAAAACAUAUGGUAUCGGAAAGGCUACAAUUACUGGUAUUAAAAAUCAAAAAUGUGCCAUUGAAAAUUAUCUGUUACAAGCAGAUUCGUUGGACGCUUCUACCAGUAGAAAAAGCUUAAUGGUGCCCAAGAAUAAAAACGUAGACGACGCUGUGUUUCAAUGGUUUCUGCAAAAUAGAGAUAAAGGUGUGCCGAUAUCUGGACCUAUCUUAUGCGAGAAGGCAUUGGAAUUCAAUAAAAAGCUGGAGGGAAACCCAAACUUUAAAGCAAGUAGUGGUUGGUUAGAAAAGUUUAAAUCGCGUCAUGGUAUUCGCGAACUGAAUGUGUUGGGAGAAAAACUUUCAACUAGUAAUGUUGCUGCAGAAAGUUUAACAGCGGAUCUUCAUAAAUUUUUAAUCGAGAAAGGAUGCGCCUUACAAAAUGUAUGUAAUGUCAAUGAAUCAAGUCUGUCAUGCACAGCAUUACCACAAAAGACUCUAGCUUCUUGUCAUGAAAGAUCACCUCCAAACUGUAAAAUUAGCAAAGAUCAUGUUACGACGCUUUUGUGUGCAAAUACUACCGGAUGUCCAGUCUUGAUAAUUGGAAAAAUUAAAAAGUUUAUAUGAAUGUAUAGGGAACAAUAUCUUGCAGUAUGGCUCUAUCAAUAUAUUGUGUUUUUUAACUGUUUGUAUUAUUUUGGAUAAGUAUUUACACCGAGAGCAAACAAAUACUUGUAAGUAAUAUACAUC